UAAGUAGGCCAUUUCUGUUUUUUUUUCAGCCAUCACUGCUCUUGGAAUGACGGGGGCGCUGGCUCAUGCAACCGGAAGGGAUCUCGGGGAUGUGCUUACGGGUGGCGUCGAAGUGGUUGCCAUGGCGACCGAGGUUCUUCUGCUGCACACUUCUGCGGGUGGAUUUUGGACGUCUUGUUACCUGGUUUGUGUCCUGCUUAGCUGCUUUUGCGUAGCUGUAUGGACUGCUGAAACCACAGUCAUGGCAGUCUGGGAUCUGCUGCCUCAAACGCCCAGAUUUCGCCAGCUGCUUCGAAAGCCCGCUCUGGCCGCGGUGUUCGGGCUCCCUUGGCUCGGCUACAGCAUUGGAUACUGCAACAAGAACGGCUGGACUACUGUGACUCGAGCGGGACAGGCAGUUUUCGGGAACUUCACCAUGAUCCUUAUCUGUAUCCUCGAAUGUGCCGCCAUCGCUGCCGUGUUCGGAGCUCGACGAUUCCAGACGUGCUGGUCGGCCAUGCAGGGCAGGUUCUGCGGAUGUCCCUACCCGCUGCUGUUCUGGGGAAUUAUCACACCGAUUGGUUUGACGGUGCUACUGAUUCUCUCUUUGGCCUCGGUUCAUCCAAUCAUGAAUCUUCUUGGUCUGACGUCAUUUGUGCUCUCACUGCUAUUGGUCGUCAUAUCGGCGUUGGUUUUGCUCUUCACUAGACCAGGACCGAUGCGACAGAAAUGGCGCAUCAUGACCACCCCGUGGGACCUGGCGCCACAUCAGAUGCAGCCGACAUACGGGAGAUACGAGACGUUUACCAUGGCUGGAGUGGCACACUGAGUCAGCGGUCGUCUGAAGAUACUGUCAUGACAAAGCAGGCGACUGUCAUGACAUUUGACUUUCAGAGCUAUGACUUUGAUUUGUCACAGUCUUAAGUCAUUUUCAACACCAUGACUUUCCGCUAUCGUAGGAUCAACUGUCACGAUAUCAAUGGAAGUUGUAACUGCCGUCGCACAUUUGACUUUCCGCUAUCGUAGGAUCAACUGUCACGAUGUCAGUGGAUGUGACUGCCGUCGCACUAUAGAUAGACUCAUAGAUGACUGAUAGCUCAUAUGCUGGUAAUUUACUAGUAAUAUACUAGUAAUAUGCUCAUAUGCUAGUAAUAUUACAGGGACUGUGCCCCGUGGUACCAUUAACUUCGCAUUUGACUGAAUACUCUGUCAUGCCGCGAGCAUUGAACUCGAAUUUGACUCAGGAACCCUCAUGGCGUGGUGUAAAUUACUAGCAUGCAGCUGAAGACUAUGCGUCAUGUCAUCUCCGGUCCUUUCAUAGUGUGAGACAUACCACCCGCAGAGCAGCCAAUGCUAUUCUGCGAGAAUGGUUUCCGCAUGUGACCGAUGCUAAAUCGCAUUAAUCACAAUCGCAAUGUAACUCACAUGUAGACUCUGCCGUAGUGCGUAGUGGUACUUAGUAGGAAGGAUCUGAAAGAAAUGUGGAGGUAACUCAACGCAGAUGAGACUGGUAGAAAACCGUCGUUGGACCAGCGUGAACCUCGUCGAAAAAGUAGCUCCCGAAAUCGAAUCGAAAGGCUGAUUGAUCAACAUUUCACUCAGAACUGAUGUACAUACUUGUCUGAUAUAAACGUCUUUUUGUAGUUUUUUUUUUCUUGUACCUUAAAGAAAUAAAACAGCUAUGUGCUCAUUGCA